GGUGGGAGGGGUCGCGGCCCGGCCUCCCCGCCGCCCUUCCCCGAGGAAGAUCAGUAGACCCGGGGUCAGGAUGUCGGACGCCAGGGUCCCGGGCCUCGGGCUUCCCGUGCUGCUCGGCCUGUUGUCGGGCCUGCUCUGGGCGAGCGCCCGGGAGACUUCGCCCAAGUGUGCUCAGUUUGUAACCUGUCCCCCAGGACUCAAAUGCUGUGACGACAGAUGCUGUCUGGAAGAUGAUUUGUUCAGUGGCCCCUUGAGGGCUUUCAUUAUCUGCGUCUCCAUCAUCCUGCCCAUCCUGUGCUGUUGCGGGAUCGUUAAACACUACUGCUUCAACUGCCAUCACAGUAGGUUACAGCAGGGCCCCGCGAGACAUCCCCAGGAGCCCCAAAACCCGGCCCACACUGCCCCCGAAGAGGAGGUCCAGGCAACCACUAUCGAGCCCCCACCACCCUACAACGAGGUGGUUCUGAAGCCCACCCUGUCUCUGCCUCCCGUGGAGCCUCCACCUCCCUACAGCCUCUAUCCUGAAGACAACGCUGGCACACAGAGGGGCAUCGACAGCCCGGCCUCUGACCUGCCGCCUCCCCGGUGACACCCGGAGCAAGCCAGGGACAGCUGGGACUCCCAUACUGGCCCGUGACACCCUGCCAUGGCUCUUCCUGCCUGGAUUUAACUUAUUGCUUUUCCUAGCCCUGUUCCUCCCAGCCCCGUUUUGUCCUGGGCAGGAAUGGAGCAACUGUGUCUGUCCUUCCUCCAAGUUAAAGGCCGCUGGGGAAAAGGUCUGGCUGCUGGAGGCACCUGCAGUGGUAUGGGCUACUUGGCGGAGUAGAGCGGCCCUUCACUGAGGUGUUCAGCUAGCCCUGGGAUAUUAUGGGGGCUUUCUCUACCCAUGGAGGACUGACCAGGCAGUUCUGAGCCACCGUCCAACUCUACCUGAAUGGAGAAACCCCGUUGUAACCUCCAGCACAAGUCUUCACUAAAUCUUCACUGAGUGCUGCUGAGUCUGCC